UGCUAACUGAGUGCUGCACUCGACUACGAAAUGGACAAAAGCAUCAAAGAGGAGGUAGAUGCAAUGUUCAAUGAGCUUGACACCGAUCGGAACGGAAAAAUCAGCCUUGAUGAAUUGAAAGCGAAACUGGAAGAGAUGCAUGGUGGGUCAGUGUCCCGGGCGGCGGUGGAAGAAUUCAUGAAGGUGCACGAUGCUGAUGGGGAUAAGACCUGGUCCAAGACGGAGUUGGCAGCAUUUUUGAAGGCGCAUCAAUAGAAACAACCGUAUUUCGCUUUUCCAAUUUAUAAUAAAGCAUCUGCUUAUCGAUGUUGUUUCCGUUUGCUCAUGUUGUUUAUCACAUAAAAGUUUCAUUGACAAGAAAUACAUUGAUUAUUUC